AUGCCAUCCUCAUUUGACUAUGGUUUCACGCUGGCUGACGGGAGCAAAAUCAUCCAUGGCGAGGGCGUGUUGGUGAAGGACGCCUAUCCUCCCGAGUUGAACAUCCCAGGCCAGCUGCAGGUUUUCAACCCAGGCCACAGGGCAGAUCCCACAACACCAACGUUCUGCGGGCCACACGGCAUCUUCUCCUUCGAUGUCAAUUUCAGGAUGCCUCGCCAUGUCCAUAUGGCUCCAAAAGCAUCCGGAGACGGCAAUCGAUACAUUGUGGAGAAACUCCUGGUCCUAAAUGGUGUUGCUCUCGCCGAACUCAGCGGCGAGAUUUACGUGAUUCCGCCCAACACCAUGGUUCUUAUCGGCGCCGGUGUGCCUCACACAUGGACGGCCUGCCCCCCCGGACUCGACCUCCAGGAACUAGGGGUGUCCAAGGAUGAAAGAAUUGUGUCCGAGGGCAAGUUCACCGCGGUCUACGAGUACGAGGAGCCAACGACCUUCUACCCGACGGCGCAGACGGAGGUGUUGAAGGACGAGAGUGCCUAUGUGAGAUGCGACGAUCUUCAAGGAAUCAAGGUCCCGGCAUUCACGCUUGAGCAGCUGAAGAAGGAUGCGUGGUUUGUGUGGGGGAGGGGAGCGCGGAAACUGAUGACGGUCGGGACAUGA